AUGGCCUCUCACCACCACCAAGGCACCCAUGUGCCUUCGGUCCGGGCGAAUCUCGAGAAGCGGCUUGGGAUUACAGAACGAAGCUCUCCGAUAGAUUUCUCUUGGACUGCCGAUAUCCGCAAGAGAUUUACCGACUUCCUUGUGUAUGAAAUUCGCAAAGAUGGCACAGUUGUCCACUUGGAUGAUUACGAGGCCCCAGAAGCUCAGCCCGAGGAGAAAGUCAAGCCUGUUCAGGACGAGAAUGCCAAGCCCACGCCUGAGCAGAAUGAUCAGAAGACGGUGGUGGCACACCCUGUUUCUGACAGUGAUCGCAAGAUCCUUCAAGAUAUGAUUGGCACUGCUGUGGCGGACCAGCUCAUUGAACUGGACGAGUCGAUCCAGGCCCGGAAGCCGAGUGGUACCACACCUGUCAAAUUUCCCCAGAUUACAGACCGACAGAAACGCGGAGCUAUCCACCAGGAGAUUCGCCGCAUCUUCUCAUCGCGCCUUGAUACCACAACCGACAAGCUCGGGGUCAUUACCGCGGUCCCUACCCAUGCAUUGACCUCAUCCUCCUACCGUGGAACCCAUGGGGUUGGCCCACGGCGUGAAGGCAACCGAUCCUCCCGUGAUGGCCAGAAGUCGUUUGCCCAACUUGGCGGAGACUAUCUCCAUUGCAUCCUUUACAAGGAGAACAAGGAUACUAUGGAUGCUCUCAACCUGAUUGCCCGGAUGCUGAAGAUCAAAGUCCAGAACUUUGGAUUUUCUGGCACCAAAGACCGGCGAGCUGGAACGGUCCAGCGUAUCAGUAUCCAUCGCCAGCGCGCCCAGAACCUGAUCUGGCUGAAUUCCCGCAUGACCGGCGUCAAGGUUGGAGAUUUCCGCCAUUCGAAAUACCCCAUCCAACUCGGUCAGCAUGCUGGAAACGAGUUCGUCAUCACCUUGAAGAACUGCCAACAUUAUCGAGGAGCAAACUGCUCCCUCGAAGUGCGCAUCAAGAUGCUCCGAGAAUCUGUGGAGAUGGGCCUCUUGCAUCUGUAUAAACAUGGCUUCAUCAACUACUUUGGCCUGCAGCGGUUUGGCACCCAUAGUAUCGGCACUCACGAGCUGGGCAUGAAGAUUUUGAAGGGAGACUUUGAAGGUGUCAUCGAGGACAUCCUGCACGUCGACCCUCAAGCCAUGAGCGAGAUGCUCUCCUUCGACUACUCGCAGGGGCUCAACAACAACGCCGAAGCUAUGAAUCGCGAUGAUCACAACCGUGCCCGAGCCAUUGCCUCGUGGAAGGCCACCGGUGAUGCAGAUAUCGCGCUGGGCUAUAUGCCGAAGCGAUUUGGUGCCGAGACCAGCAUAAUCCGCCAUUUGGGUAGAGACGGCCAACGCCGUGACUACAUGGGCGCUCUCCUAAGCGUCACCAGAGGUAUGCGCCAGAUGUAUAUUCACGCCUACCAGUCCUAUGUCUGGAACUUUGUGGCCACUCGACGAUGGUCCAUGUACGGAACACGGGUCAUCGAAGGGGAUCUCAUCCUCCUUGAUACUCAGACGCCACAGGAUAUGAACAUGGACGAUGGCGAGUUCCGAGAUCCUUCUGCCGACUGGGAGAACUUCUAUGCCCAGGUCCGUCCAUUGACGGCCCAAGACAUCGCAGAGGGCAAGUAUACCAUCUUCGACAUUGUGCUCCCAACUCCGGGAUUCGACGUCAUCUACCCGAACAACGACAUUGGUGAGUACUACAAGACGUUCAUGGAGCGUGAGGAGAACGGGACCCUGGACCCCUACAACAUGCGCCGACGCCAGAAAGAGUUCAGUCUCAGUGGUAGCUAUCGGCCUCUCGUUGGCCGAUUCCUUCAGAAGCCCGAGUAUAUCAUUCGCGCCUACUCGGACGACAAUGACCAGAUGCAUCCCACGGAUAUCGACCUCAUCAUGCAGAAGAGGGCAAAGGCCCGGAACGAACGCAAGCGUCAACUUGGAGCAGACGCAGAUGUCGUUUCCUCCUGGAAAGGAUUCUCCCAGAACGCCGCUCAACACGAUAAAGUUCUUGACGAUGAAUUCCGUCGCCGCCGCGCAGAAGCACCGCCGACUGUUGACUGCGGACGUAUCAAGGAGACAUGGAUCGAGACUGGUUAUGAUGGCGGAGGUAAGCGCAUUAAGGUUGCGCGCCACCGAGCCAUCAUUGAAGCCUCCGACCAGGCGAACGUGGCGGCGGGCGGGGCCAUGGUCUCCAUCGAGGCUGAGGGCGGAAACGCAAGCCCAGGAGCCCAGCCCCCUGCAACUACGACUGCAUCUGACAAAGCCGGCAACGAGUUUCUCCUGUCACUCUUGAAGGACAGCGUCGAACAAGACGCUUUCCUUCGGCAUCAAGAGCCCAGAGCCAGUGGGCCUCCUACUGGUUUCGUUGGGCGCUCUUCUGGACUGAGCAACCCAACGACUGCCGGCUUCCAGGGAUCUCAAGCCGCUAUAGGAAAUAACUCCGCCUCCUCAUCGUCAGGUGAACAAAUUCGAUGCAACCUCCCGAUCCCGGACUUCCAGCAGAUUUCGGACAACCCUAUCUCCGUCUUUGCUCCCGGAAACCGUUUUGAUAAUACCGACUAUGGCAAUGGCAACAAAAUUGCCGUCGUUCUGAAGUUCCAGCUUCGUUCCAGCAGCUAUGCCACGAUCGUACUUCGUGAGCUCAUGGGGACGAUCCAAGAUAACAACCGCUCCUCUCGUGGUAACACUCCUGGAGCUCAAAACGGAGGUCACGGUCGUUGA